AUGUUGAAGCAGCAAGUCCAUCUCAUCACCAGGGACGGACGACAUCUCCAAGUUGAAGUAUCCGACUACAAGCCGCAUCCAGACUUCCCUUUUGCGCUCAGUUGCAAGGUGCAUUGUCCAAGAAUAUUUCGGAAGAACGACAAUGCCCUGACCAAAUCAUCCUUGGGUCGAUGGAUACCGACUUUUGUGCUAUGCUCGGAUUGGCGAUUACAUGGAGGCGUCCUUCACUACGGGUAUGGCGCCGCUGUCGGGAAGAUGCAUUCCUCUUUACUCCCGAAAGCGAUCCUAAUUUGGCUCCCAAGCACUGCACGCAGCCUACCGCAACAUUCUCAAGCUGUCUUUUUGUCGGCUCCAUUUCUGCUGUUGCGCUCCUCAUUGCUGGUGUUCUUGGGAGUCAAGCAUUCGGAAGUUUGCUGCAACUCUGGCAGAGGGAUGGGUGCUACUGCUGACGAAGUUGACAUUCGAGGUCGCUGGAAGGCUCGCUUGUCUGGACGGGUGGUUGAUGCCUACAUUUCGCCUGAACAGCCCUGGAUCGACGCUCGUGUUGCCGAAAAGCUUUGCAUGGGGGCUCCUAUUGCCUACAAGCUACACCCGGAUGCCAAGAGAGUGACUCCCGACUGGUUGAUUGAGCAUGUGUGCCAAGGACGCAUGCGUUUUACGACGGUGUCAACGACAUUUCGCUUCACUUGGCUUCGCUCUUUUGUGGCUGCUCUUGACGAAUCUUGGGAGGAGAGGAUGGAGCUUCCCGUUCGUGUUAGGAUCCCAGAUGCGUACGAGCGCAUCAAGGCGAUGUUCCUGUUGGCGUCAAACCUGUGGUGA